UGUCCCAACCCAAGCACACACACCGCUUGAGCCGCUCUUCUUGAUACAUCACGAACAUCCGCGGGUUCUUCAUAGAUCAACAUCAGUUCUUCAGACACAACGAGAACAAAGGAAAAGCCCAACUUUUACAAGAAUUUGAACACUGAAGCCUGUAAAAUGGAAACGCACCUCGCCUGGGUCGUCCUUGCCGUUUUCUGGGCUGGCGGGGCUUCGUCGCCGAAUUCACGCCAACUUACUGAGAACGUCUGCCACUGGUCGACCGAAGCCUGUGACACCGCAGGUGGAAAAUGUUACAGCGUUUACGAACCUAUACCUUUAUGCGAUUUCUCCGAGAAACUUUGCUCAUACUCCACCUGCACUUGCUGCAUUGAAUGCGAGAAGCAACAGGACGCUAAGUGCGAGAUGUACUACGGAGGCUCCUGCAGGAUGAAGUGUGAUGUCGGGGAGUACGCAUUCGACUGCAAGUACGGGUGCAAAUGCUGCGGUUGCAGGACGGAGGGCCAGUGCGCGGACGCAGGGGGGUGGUGCCAGCCGGCCACCCACAAGUGCCCCUCGGGGAUAUCCGCGCCCUCCUUGUGCACGGGGGCUUCGUGCACCUGCUGUCUCCCCCCCGCCGACCCGUGCCCCGACCCGCAGGACGAGUGCCACAAACACUGCGGCUACUGCGACCAAGAGUGCCAGGCGGACGAAAUACCGCUGCCCGGGCUGUGCCAGAGGGAAAAGUGCCUCUGCUGUGUUAAAGCCACACCAGAACCCUGUUCAGAUGUAAACAUGCAGUGUAAUUCCACUGGUGGAUACUGUCAUCAUGAAUGCCACUGUGACGAAAUAGCUCUUCCGGGGCUCUGCUCUCAUGACAACUGCUCCUGCUGUGUCCAGAAUCCGUGUCCAGACCUGAAGAUGCAGUGCAACGCCACUGGUGGACACUGCAAUCUAGCUUGCAAGUCCGAUGAAGUGGCUCUGUCGGGGCUUUGCAAGUACGACAACUGCUCCUGCUGUGUCAGGGCAUCAACAGACCCGUGUCCAGAUCUGAACAUGCAGUGCAACACUACCGGUGGCUACUGUCACCACGAGUGCAAGUCUGGUGAAGUGGCUGUGGCGGGGCUCUGCGCAUUCGAAAACUGCUCCUGUUGUGUUAAGGCAUCAACAGACCCGUGUCCAGAUCUGAACAUGCAGUGCAACACUACCGGUGGCUACUGUCACCACGAGUGCAAGUCUGACGAAGUGGCUGUGGCGGGGCUCUGCGCCUUCGAAAACUGCUCCUGUUGUGUCAAGGCAUCAACAGACCCGUGUCCAGAUCUGAACAUGCAGUGCAACACUACCGGUGGCUACUGUCACCACGAGUGCAAGUCUGACGAAGUGGCUGUGGCAGGUCUUUGUGCAUACGAAGACUGCUCCUGCUGUGUUAGGGAUACAGAACCUUGUCCAGAUUUGGAGCAACAGUGUCUCUCUAGACACGGAUACUGUAACCAUACGUGCAUGUCUGACGAAGAAGCUCUGUCGGGGCUCUGCAAGUACGACAACUGCUUCUGCUGCGUCAAGGGGACUGAUUGCGCGCAGGGCUUCCGAAUGCCCAAAUUGCGGACGGUCGCUGCGACAGGACUUGCGUGGCAGGAGAGGAACGGUUAA